UACAAAUGGCGAACCGUUGUCAUAUUGGCAGUGGUUUCAUCGCCAUUGAGUGGGAGUCUUCAUUUUGAGAUAUAAACUCCGAUGCUGAAUGAUGAUAACGUUGUCACGGUUAACAUCUGUAUUAAUAUGAAACCCUGAUAGUAAAGGAAGUAACUAAUAAUGGCUCACAUCAAGAUGCCGGACCGCAACCGUGUGGCGGACCGGAAGAUGGCAAAACUUCAACAGCAGCUUCACAACAUGGAGCAACAAAUGGAAGAACAGGCGGAGCUACGUAGGAAAGCAGAGCAGUUGCAGAGUAUGGAAACGUUGCGGAUGCAGCAAGCAGUUGAAAGAGCAAAUAGCAGCAACAUGGUGCUGCAGGACGAGAUUGAAAGACUCUAUAACAGUCCCAGUCCGUCAACUAGCAAAAUUUUGGAGGAGGUUAUGACUUUAAGGACGAAAGAAUUCCAGAAAUCACAGGCGAAGAAAGCUGCCACAAUAAAGAACUUGGCCAUGGAGCGACAGAAAAUCAUGGAAGCAAGAAAUAGACUCAGGGAAAAGAAUGACGUGUUCCGGUCAGUGCCUUCCCCUAUUGGAAAUGAAACUGGAUCUCCCCAAGUGAUGACUCCAGCCUAUCGGAGUGUCCACUCAUCAGAUUCUCAUGUGCAAAGGGUGGUGGAUGACAUGCCAAAUGCUGUGGACAGGAUUUGGAACUUAAGAGAGAGUCUUCAUCAUGAUUACCUGAAAAUGAAGAGGCCAUACAAAGGUGAACUUGGUGUGGAAAGUUAUGAGGCUUGGCAGAUGCCUGACUAUUAUGUAGUGCGGAAGCUCGUUGAUGACUUUGUGGAUGACUUCAUUGUGAAGCACAUUCCUUCAGACUACUCUGUCUUUGAACGAAGCAUGAAGCUGGAGAUGAUGGUGCAAAAGGAUAGAAACUGGCAUCAGACAUCCACUGCCUUGGCUGAAAGGAGAGCUGUAAAACUUGCUGCUGAGGAAAUUAUGCUUGAGGUGACCAGUAAGAUGACAAAGGAGAUUGCCGGAGAAGGAAUUCACCAGGAUGUCAUGUUCAAGAGGAUUUCUUCGAACAUGUUCAUGAAGGAAGCAGAGAUACAAGCCACAGGGAAACCGGAUGGGCGAGAUCCCAACGACAAGGCCUAUGACUUGGUCUCUCGGUCGUUUGACUCAUUACAGAAAAACAGAGAUCAUCACAAGAAAGGCGUGUGGGGUCAUUCCCAGGUCAUGAGCCAUCCAGAGGUUCCUGCCCCACAACCACUACAGAGGGACCCAGGGCCUCCUCCACCCAGCCCGAAAAACAAAAAAGGAAAGAAAAUUCCAGAACCACCCAAAACUAAGACACCAUCUCAUGUUGUGAAACAGAAGUCUGCUGAUGGACACAGAAGUUUUAGUGAACCUCUGGAUGCUGAUGUUAUUCUUAUCUCAUACGAUCACCUUCAUCCUGAAAAUCUCAAGGUCAUGGAGCCAGUGAAGGUUGACGAACAAAAGGAGAAAAAUCGUAAGCUGUGGGAAAGAAUAUACAGAAAGAAGGAACUGGCGUAUUGGUCUAAUCUGAAACCAUUUGUAUUCUCGAUGAACAUUCCAAAGAGAUGCCAAGGAGUUUCAACAAUCAGCCCGUCGCCAGAUCACAUGAUGUUGGCAGUGGGAACUGUGAUUGGGGACGUGAUUGUGUACAACACACAAGUGGAACCCUUUGCACCAUUGAGAGUGGCCAUCGCUGGUGUGAACAAGGGCCAGGUCAUGCACAUAGCCUGGUCAGUGGACUCAUCUCGACUGCUGGCUAUAAGGAGACAGGAAAAGGACGCUCGCUCAGUACACGUGUGGGAGACUAGCGGUUCGCCAGCCAACAAUGAUGUCCUUCAGUCUUUUGGCUUCAGCACGGCUGACAACAAAGACCAGCCAUUUUCCCUCUCGCCGGUACAUGUCUGGGAUACAAAGGCUGGCGACUUCACUCUGACUGAAGGGUCUUUGGCGGAGCAAGGCAGUACCAAGACAGCCCACUUACCAUUGGUAGCUGGCUUUUUCCCCUCCCUGACAUUUCUCACAACACAGAAUCACGUGUGCACAGCUUCCAGUGGAGGGGAGAUUAUGAAGUUUGACUUGACUCCCAAAAAAUAUGAGGAUGAUGACAAAAAGCCAACGGUCAUUUUCAAAUCACAAUACUCGAAUGAGGAAAACAAGGCGAACAUUACUAAGCAAGACCUGUUGGCUCAGCUGCUGCGUCAACAUGAGCACCCGAUCAUUUGCAUGGGGUUUGUAGGCAACAUUGGGAAGAUGGUAACUGUGGACAACCAGGGCUUCAUCAACAUCUGGAAGUUGGACAAAGAUAGCAGUUUGUAUGAACGGAGGGAUCAUUUGACAGGCUUUGACUGGUAUUUCCCUGAGGGCAAGUACAAACUCAACCUGUCCAAGACAAUGUACUCCCCUUCCAACACAGGGAAGACUAGGGUUGUCUUUACAGACAGAAGAAGGUCAAAGACAACUACUCAAGCAGAAAUAGCUGCUGAAAGGAGAAAAGUUCAAAGAACACUUGACAGGAUGCAGCUGGGAGAUCCCUGGCAUGUCAGCUCAGAUACCCCAGGACUGGAUACUUCUAUCUAUAUUCCACCUGGGGUGGUCACAGCUUCUGGGGCGUUAUUCAACAUAGUCGUGAGGCACAGAAAAACCCAGCAGUUGUCUACCUUCAUGACACGGAUGUACACACCCGUCAAGGUGAGAUGUUUACGCAUUCUAUCUGUGAAGCAGAGCCCCUCUGGUAAUGACAUGGUGUUCGUCUUAUUGUUCCCAGAAUUUCCUCCUAAAGCAUCACAUCUGAUGGUGAUUGUCCUCCAUUUACCCACAAUGAAACUACGCAACUUCCGACAAGACAUUAACCUCUCCAAGGAAGAAUACAAGGACAUUCAAGAGACAAAAAUAUCUUCCGCUGAUAUCAGUCAGGUGUAUGGACCGACAGGAGCAGACUACCUGUUCAUGACUCUCAACGGCAGGAUCUCCUGUAUGUCUCUCAACACCGGCUCGACAGUUCUACAUGUGGACAAUGUUUCCAGGCCCAAAGAUCCCACUUUUAAAGGGCUUAUGAUUGAUGAGAAACAGUUCAACUUGAGCAAGUUCCACCAGAUUGGAUGUCUGGGCAACAUGGGUUCCAUGUAUGGUGUGAUCUAUGACAAGUCAUCAGUAUUGGUGAAAGUUUUACGCCUGGAUGAUGGCAAUGACCAUGAAGAUUCUCGAGCAACGUGGAAAUCCUACCAGAAAUGGCAUGGCUUCAAACUGACCCCAUCAGAACUACGCAUUAACCCAGUUAAUUGGGUCCUAUCGGACAUGAAGCACAAGGAGGUUGAGAUGGCCAGUAUGUUCUUGUCCUUGCUACAUGACCAGCUGGGCACUUCUGCUGACCACAGCAAACAGGACAAGAUUGAUGGCUAUCUAGCUGCAGAAGCUAAGAUGUCAGAUCAGGCUCUCCUCCGGGACUUGUGAUGCACCAAGCUUGCAUGUUUACAGCUUUACAAUCUUAAUCUUUGUAUUAUUUACUAGUCAAAUAUUCUUUUGCUGUAAAGAUUUAUGAUCUUAAUCUUUUUUUUAAAAAAAUAAAACCAUUAUGGCACA